CGAUACCGUAUUCGUUAUGGCAAUUACUCUUCCGGAUGAUGUAUUGCAUUUGCUGUGUGAAGAGCUUGCUUCACAGGAGCAGUUCGACACCCUCUUCAAUUGCGCAUGCGCUAGUCGUGGUUUUGCGGUACCCGCAUUAACACACCUUUAUCGCUCACAUCAUUUGGCUCCUGUCCGCGGCGGGGGAGACGAUGAGACCAUCCUCAUAUCCACAAAGCAGCUGCUGACCCAAAAAUGGUCUAUAUUGUGGAAGUCGAUUAUUGCAUCGGCCCUGGAGGCGACAUUAUUUCCAUAUUGUCGUUAUAUAAGAGUGCUGGAUCUUCGCGAUCUGCGGAACCUUUUCGAGGAUGACCACUUUCGAGCAAACGUAUCAACGGAGUUCUUUUCAGGGCCCAUGGUUCGGUUUCACUUGACAACGGGAGACACCAGGCGGCGUGCACGACUCGAUUUAGCAGCUAUCAUCGACUUCGUGGGAGAAGUGGUGACUCAGCACACUCCUAUGCUUGAGACCAUUAGUGGACAGCUGGAUUCCCAUGCCCUAGUUCGAUGGGCCCCAAGGUUACCGCGGCUCCACUCUUUGGAGUUAUACGACCUGAGCCCUCUGGAGGACGAGGGUGUUGAUGCAGCGAUAUCUCAGAAUUGUCCACACUUUAAUUCACUCAGCAUCUACACCAAAUCGCCCUCGGGUGGUGAUCACGAUCGUAAUCUGGCGCGUUUCCUUGAGUCACUCCCCCAACAGUCCUUGGAAAUGUUUGAGAACAUAGGAGAUAUUGAGGCAGGAGCUGAAACCUUUGCAGCACUCAACGCUCAUGGUGAGUCUCUAAAAGACUUACGGCUCUGUGUCUCUUCAGAGGCCCUGCAGCAUCUGUCAAUUCUGAGCAGGUGUACCGGCCUUGAGUCAUUGCGCAUUGAGGACUCAGACAGCCGGACCCACCUGGACUUUACCCAGAAGAAGGCUUCCGAAAUUAGCGAGUGGCUCAAGAAGUGUAAGAAUCUCCGGAACCUAAGCUUCGUCAAAUUCCCCUUAGCUUCCAUUGUUGCCACUCCCGUCUUGUUGCAGGACGACAUACAGUUGAGGCGGCUCGACAUUGACUGGUACAUUUUGAGAGACUCCCGGGUUUUCCACCAGGCACUGGUUAAUAAGCGUGCCUCCCUACAGUUUCUCUCUCUCAAUGGCGACACAGAAGGAAUGUUCCGGGACGACGUGGACGCCUUGGUCGACUCGUUGAAGCAACUGACUGAGCUACGGAGUCUCAAAUUAGUUCUGAUGAUAGAGAUUCUUCAUGAUGAGCACAUCAUCUCCAUCAUUGAAAACCUUUCUCAUCUCGAAGAUCUGUACGUUACCGGAAUGGAGAUGAACGACAUCACCUUGGAAAGCGUGGCGAAAUUGAGGAACUUGAGGAGCGUUGCGUUUUCAGGAAUCUCGAGAUUUACCUUCGAGGGCCUGCUCAACUUUGGGACUUGCCUUGGGCCUGGAAAUCGAGGCAUCCGCGUUAUGAUUGACAUGGCGGAUCCCGACACUCUACUUUCCGACGAGGAAAUUACUAUAAUACGGAACAACCUUGCCUCACAGGUCGGCGGCAGCUUGGAAUACACCCCAUUCAGAGAUCCUAACGUCUCUGAGUUUGAGACCGAUUCGGAUUGAUUAAGACGUGUUUGCAGGGCUCUUAUAGAUAACAACCCUAGGUUUCCAAAUGCCUUGGUAUCUAGGAGAGACCGCUCGACAUUGGUUUAUUUCCUGCAGGUUCGGUGAAUUGGGAAUGCAGAAUAUAUGAAACUCUGUAAUUACGUGAGCCCCAUUCUGUCGAAGUUUGACUCAAGCGCAGGACCUGACUUCCCAUUUUUCUGUCCCGGCGGCUGGUAGUAGAGUGAGUGUGCUGAGCAACUGGCUCUCCCUGCCAUUGAAGAUCGCAAAUUUGGAAACGGGUCCUUUGAUAACGUAUAAAGCUUUUAUAACCUGCGGUCGUACCUUUUCUGAAGUUGUCUCCACAAAUAAGGCAUGGUUACGCUUGGUGGACAGGAGAAGUCGACGUCCAUUCGAGGGCAGCAUAUGCAUAUGACGUGGGUUCGCUUGUGAGGUGCGGUGGGGUCUACAAAGAAUUUCGCC